AUGUCUGGGAAUGAGAAUUAUUGUCGGUUGUGUGCCGAACCUACUCCACAACUUAUUUACGCUGACGAGGAAGUAGCAAUUAACUCCAAAAUAGCUAUUAAGAUGCUGUGGAUAAAUGUUGAUGUAUCUCCUUCAAAUAAUCUACCUAAGGCUAUUUGUUUCUCCUGUUUCGACCUAUUAGAACGUACGUGGAUUUUCCUUCAUAAUGUGCGGGAAGCACAGGAAAAGUUGAAUCAGAUAUUUUCUGGAAGCAAUGAGACUCAAGAGUGCCAUUUAAAAAAUGAUUCCUCUGAAGUGGGUAAACCAAUCGAUCUGAAUUGGGACGAUUUUCAGAAGUCCAAGGCCUUAAUAAAGGAUGAAAAAAGUGAUAUGACAUUAAUCAAUACCAAUAAGUUUAUUGAUGAUCUAGAAAACAUUAAAGCUGAAAGGCAUAGUAUUGAUGAUUUACAGGACUCCUUGCCUGAAACAGAUGGUUUUAUUACCACCGACAGUGAUCUCCCCUUGCUAGCUGUACGGAGGAAAAAAAUCAAAAAGAAAACCACAUCACGGCUCAAACUUGCAAAUAAAACAGAUGUAGAACCUGUUGACAUAUCUACACUGGACUUGACAUGGGAAGAGCAAAUGUGCCGUUGUGGUUACUGUGAUGCACAGUGCAGAAAUAUAUCAUUGUUAAGGUUACAUUCGUUACAAAUACAUAAUAGAUGUUGUGUUUUCAAAUGUGUAGACUGCGGCAAAAUAAUAUCCAAUUUUAAGUCAUUUGUUAAUCACUUACGCCUCCACAAACACCCCCUUAACUAUUGUUGUGAAUUCUGCAACAAAAAGUUUUCAAUGAUAUCAUAUAUAAAAAGACAUAGGAACACUGAACAUAGUGGUGUAUAUUUAUCUUCUUGUAGGAAAUGUGGUGCGAGUUUCGAUACUCCUGAACAGUUGCGUGACCACUUAGAUAUAUACAAUAAAAGUUUUAAGAAGUUAUGUAGUAAAGAAAGCGGAGAGCAAGAAUUAAAAUGUGACCAUUGCUAUAAGGAGUUCAAAACACGCAGCAAUUUACAGCAGCAUAAAUUGGUACACACCAACCGCAGUAGGGAUUUCUCUUGUCAUGUAUGUGGCAAAAUGUUUUAUACUAAGGGAACCUUGGGCACUCAUAUAUUAACACAUGAAGAAUCUAAGCCAUACAAAUGCCAAUUUUGUCCUAUGGCUUUUAAGGCCAGAGGAAACCUCCAGUCACACAUAAGCUUGCACUCCGGAGCUAAACCGUUUGUGUGUGAACAAUGUGGGAAAAGUUUUAGGGUUAAAAGGCACUUAAAGUCACAUUCCAUUGUCCACACAGAUUUAAUGCCUUAUAUAUGUGAAUAUUGUAAUAAGCCAUUUCGUUUCAAAACCCGUCUCAAUUUACAUCUACGGCAGCAUACCGGAGCCAAACCGUAUACAUGUACUCUGUGUCAGAGGGACUUUACUAAUGGUUCUAAUUACAAAAAGCAUAUGAAAAGGAGGCACAAUGUUGAUACAUCGUCUCGGAUGAAAUAUAAUAAUAUUGUUAAUGAAAACAUUGAGGUAAAAAUUAAAAUUGAUAAUGAGAGUAGUCAGACAUGA